GUAGUUGCCGUGGGUCGUGACUCGUGUUGGAAGUUCCUCUGAGCAUUCGAAGCAGCGCGUCCUGUAGGUGGAAGGGCAUCUGUCAGCUAAAAAUGAUUAGCAAAAUAAUCGGUCAGAAGUACGUGGCCAUCGCCAAGUCGUGGGUCCCUACCAUGGCCAUAUGGGGAACAACCGGAGGCGUGGCCUUGGUCUACUUCACAGACUGGCGUUUGAUUUUGGAUUAUGUUCCCUACAUCAGCGGCAAAUUCAAGAAGGAUGAGUAGGGGAGCCGUCAGGUCAGUGAACGGUCGGUGCCGUUUCUUGUUUGUUCUCCACACCAAGCCAUAGACGACAAGCAUGAACCACCGCGGCCUGCGAUCCCACCGGAGAGCCCAUCGCCAGCCCCCCAGUCCACACUGAACUGUUCUCAUCUACCUUAAGCGAAAUUGUCUAGCGUUUGACGUUUUCACCGUCUCCUGCCAGUGUAAACAAAGAAUGGCUGACAGAGAAAGCAAAUGAUGACAACUCUGCUUCUUCCUCCCUUCCCGCUCAGUCCGAGGAUUUUUUUUCUUUUUUUUUUUUUUAAUUGUUAUUUGGAUCAAAUUUGAUUCUUCAUUCUGCUUCAAAGAGAAGAAGUAAAGUAUGUGUUUUAUCCUGUG